GUGUCUCGCGUAUCCAAUGAAACGCUUCAAACAGUAGCCUGAAUAAGAAACUUUUGUGUGCAACUUGCAUGUUUAUCAAAUUAUCGAAGGAUGAAUACCAUGAAUUGACAUUAAAGACAGCAAUAUCUUGAACUUUUUUAGUUGUUCGUCUUCAGUCCAUACUUUAAAUCUACAAGAAGUAUAUGCAGUUCGAGGAAACGUGUCAAUAUCCCUCGUGCACCGUGUCAAGGACACUAGAUCUGGAGGUAAACAACUGCGCACGCUACUUAUCAUUGACGUUCGUAAACAUCAGUCUAAUUCUAGACUGUCGACGAAAAGGAAGACAUAAAUAGUAUGCAUAGUGGAUUUCAACAGGAAUCUUGGGUUUGGGAUCACAUUUCCAAAUCUCCUGAAGUUUUACUUUCCAAGGACAAACACAGCGCCUACUUUUAUAUUGACCCAAUUUAUGAAAGCACAGGAACUGCUGGUGUACGAGGCACAAAGGGGUUCACAGAGGGGGAGCACUACUGGGAGAUAGUGUUCCUGGAGCCCCCAUCUGGCACCUCUGUGAUGGUUGGUGUCGGAACAGAAAACGCAAUACUACAUCGCAGCAAUUUUGAAUAUGUAGACCUCAUCGGAUUUGAUACAGAAAGCUGGGGUUUGUCCUACAAAGGCACCACUUGGCAUGGGGGCCAAAAAAUCCAGUACUGUGAACCUUUCUUUGACAAAACAACUGUGAUUGGAUGUCACCUCAAUUUGUAUUGCGGGACUCUGGCCUUCAGCAUUAAUGGAGCAUUCAUGGGCGUGGCAUUCACGGGUCUCAACAAUGUUUCCAGUUCACUUUAUCCGAUUGUCAGCUCCACAGCAUCCGAGACAGAACUCGGAUUGGGAGUACAAUACUGCAGGUAUCUGACAUUGCAGGAGAAAUGUCUGCAAACCAUCAAGAGGCACUUAGACUACGAUGAUUCUGUAGAGAGUCUGCCUCUGCCAAAAGUCCUCAAGUCUUCCCUAAAGGAAAUCUGAUCGGGUAGUAAGAGUGUUAUGGUUCAGUGGAGAACACCACUUCCAUGGUACUGUUGAUGGUGUGUUACCCUAAUCGGAGACAAUUCCUGAAGAAUGCAAGUGCUAAAUUUCAUACAUUGGUGCUAUAUGAAUAAUUAAUUCAAAUUUUGAUGACAUGAUAUACGGGAUACAUCACUAUUUUUCAUAUCAUGAAACAAUAGUCUGUUAGGACUAGUCACUUGGUAUCAUUCACGCAUUUUUCAUGGAAUGUCUUGAACUAUUGUGUAUUACUGUGAGAAUUUCCAUUUUGUUAAAAGUGUAACAUUUUAUACUUAGCCACACAGUGCAGAUUCGAUGUUCUCCUUUUGUACAUACGAGUUCAGACAGCAAGCACUGCUCCCAUUGUUCAUCAUUUUCUAUGUACUUUUUCAUGUUUAAAAAAAUUUUGAGCAUAUAUAUUAAGAAUGGUUGUGAAUUUGUUAAUCAAAUUUGUUGUGAGCAUUUUAAUUAUAUUAAUGAGACACGUGUAUUUUUGAAAGAUAUGUUUGUAAGAUCAUGUGAAUCUUGUUCACAAAGAGAGGAAAACAAUAAGAAAAGGUGCACCUUUUCCCCCAAAAAAAUUAAAAUCCAGGAAAUCUUAAGAUCAUCAAUGAUUCUCUAAAACAAAUAACAUAUAUAAAAAAGUUCACACACUCUGAAUCAAAAUGAUUUAAACCUUAAAUUUCAGGAAUUAUUUUAGGGAGCUGAAGGCCCAAACCAUAUAUACAUGCACAACAAUUCUUUGUCAGUUUUUUAAAAGCAUGCAAAGGGUGAAAUAAUGUUCUUAGGAAGAUAAAAUGAACAUAUCAAAAUUUCAAAAUCAAUUCCAGAACUUAUUACACAUUCAUUAUCUUUGUUUUCAUUUUGAAUCAGAAACAUUCCAUUUUCAGAGAGAGAGAGGGAGAGAGAGAGAGAGAGAGAGAGAGAGAGAGAGAGAGAGAGAGAGAGAGGUUGUACUGAAAUAUUGUAUUUUAAAUUUUUGUUUUAAUUUGAGCAGCUACGAAGCAGAAGUGCUAAAUACAUAUACAUGAUAAAUAUAUGUUAUACUUGUAAUAAAGUUUAACCAUGUUGGAUGUGUAGAGAAAUCUAAAGAUAUAAAAGAAAAUAUUUAUUUGUUUUGAAACAGAGAAAUUCAUAUAAUUUUAACAAGAGGCAUUGUUAUAAAUCUGUAUCAACAAUUAUAAUAUUUGUACAUAAUACAUUGACAGUGUAAAUAGUGAUUAUAAUGAUAGCUCACUUUAAGAUUACUGUGAAGUGGGCCAUCCUCAUGAGCACUAUGUAUUUAUCUCAAGAGAUCUCUGUCAGAAUGGUUGGCUUCUUUUUUGAAUGUCUUGUAUAAAUAAUGUUAAUAAAAGACAUUCAUUUACAAAUAA